UAUCGAAAAGUGAACACGGAAUCUGUUAAAACAAAAUUUUCACAUUGUCGAAGGUGUUUUCGUUCUUUGGUCGACACGACACCAUCACAGCUGGAAAACUGAACAAAAAAACAUGCAGAUUAUAGGAACCGUGCUUUUCGUUACAGUGUUUGUCAUAAACAAUGCACUUUAUGGAGGUAGUUCCACUCCAUCGUUCAAAGAACAGUGUCUGAAGUGGCAUAAUGCAUACCGUGAAUUACAUCAGGUGCAGAAUGUGACGUGGAAUGAUACUCUUGCGGCCAAUGCAGAAAACUGGGCAAACUAUCUGGCAACAAACAAUCUUUUUGAACAUGCCAAAAAUAUUUGGGAAGGAGAGAAUCUGUACCUGUCCGGCUCCCCUCUGCCUACGGAGCCCUGCACUGAGGCAACGCAACUAUUCUACCGAGAAAUCGACAAUUAUGAUUUCAGCAAGCCUGGAUUCUCUUUGAAAACAGGGCAUUUCACUCAGGUCGUAUGGAAAAACACCAAAGAGAUUGGAGCAGCAAAGAGAAUCAGAAAUGAUAGCAGGCUUGUGGUUGUGAUUCGGUAUUUCCCCCCCGGAAACUUGAUAAGCGGGAAGGAAGCUUUCAAGAAGAAUGUGCUUCCAAUACCUGAGAGGGAGAGGGGUGGGGCGAUUGAAAGGCGUGCUUCUUUGGCAUUAACUGGUUUUGUUUUCAUUGUUGGAACUUGCUGUCAAUUUCUUUUCUAAAAGCAUUUCC